GCACACACACGCAUGCGAGGGGAUAAGCCCCGCGCUGCUCCUCUCCAACCUGUGGCCGAGGCCCCAUUUGCCUCCAUCGAUUCCCUUCCCCUCUCUCCUCUCGCUUGCAAGACCCCCGUCGGCCGUCGCCGUCGGCCAGCUCUCCCUUCCCCGGCGCUCCCUCUCUCUAGACUCUACACCCUCAAGCGUGCUCCGCCUCCCCGCUCGCUGGGCUCUCUCCCCUCCCCAGCUCGACCGUGCCUCCAAGCCGAGCGCCUCCAGCUGCAGCUCGUCGGCCACGCUCUCCGACUGUUGCGCCUUCCCUCCCGGCCAGCAUCCGGGUCUCCAUCUCAGGCCGCGAUGCACACCGCCACCUUCCUGCCUCGCCUGCCAUCGGGAGGAGGACGACGGAGAGGAGCGCCCGUUCGUCCGCCGUGUGGGCCACGCAGCUGCCUCAGCCCAGCUCAGCUGCGAAGCCGUCGUCCGACAUCUCUCUGCCCUGCUCGAGUGAAGGUUCUGCAGGUCUUUGGUGAGCGUGGGCCGGCGAGGUUUCAAGAUCCCUGGUUUCUAUUGUCUCUCUUUUUGUUUCCUUCGUCGCACCACCCUCGCGUGGCGCGCGCCUUGCCCCAAGAGAGCACGGAGGCCGCCUGCACCGCAACGCCUCGGCCCGCCAAGGCCAGCGCCGAGGCCGACAAGGACCGCGGGAAGGCCAAGGGCAUCGCCAAGCAGCAGGAGGACUUGUGGGCUAGGCUCGCCUGCCUCAAGCGCGCCCGCGAGCUCGUCCCUGUGCCGGCCAAGGCCACGUUCAGCGACUUCCUGUCCUCUGUGGUCUCCAACGCCCGCCGCGACGCCUCACCCCGUUCCUGGGCUCGGGCGGUGCGGACGCCCGCUGCGACGCAUCACACUUUCUUGGGUUCUGCAGCGUGGACGCCGGCGGCAAGCGGCAGCGCGUGCCGGGAGGUGGAGGAUGGCAAUGGAUAAGGAUUAAGGAGCACUGAUGGAAUUGUAACUAAUGCAGGGUCUUGUUUGCAAAAAUGAAACGUUAUCUUUAGAAAACACUUAACAUAGGACUGCGCCUUAAAUUCUCAUAAACUGAUGGACUUUUUUGUAAAAGUGCCGAUGACGUACGCCUAGAAGCAAACCUUGCUUUAUUAGUAGGUAGAGAUAGAGAUAUAGACUAGGUGGAUGCGGUCACGGGAGAGUAUGUGGCCCAAUAAUAGCAUUGUGCAACCCAGGCCUAAUACGGUCAUUGCAGUCGUUCUUUUUUAGAGUCCAGAGAAUAAACGAAACUGACUUUAGAACU